GGAGAGGUGGAGCCGGGAGAAGGAAGCUGGAGCAAGGCCCUGAGGAGGAGUAGGCGGAGCCGAGGAAAGGAACCCGUGCGUCCCCGGGACCGGGAGGUGUGAUUGCCUACAUCAGUUCCUCCAGCUCAGCCUCCAGCCCCGCCUCUUGUCACAGCGAGGGUUCUGAGAAUAGUUUCCAGUCUUCGUCCUCUUCUGUUCCAUCUUCUCCAAAUAGCUCUAAUUCUGAUACCAACGGUAAUCCCAAGAACAGUGACCCCUCUAGCAUCGAAGGCAUCUUAAAGAGUGAUCGCAUAGAGGGUCCUGUGAAAACAGGCAAGCCUGGUGCUCUUGGCACGACCAGGAGUCACAGUGGGAUGACAAAAUUUAGUGGCAUGGUUCUGCUGUGUAAAGUCUGUGGGGAUGUGGCAUCAGGAUUCCACUAUGGCGUUCAUGCUUGUGAAGGCUGUAAGGGCUUCUUCCGGAGGAGCAUCCAGCAGAACAUCCAGUACAAGAAGUGCCUGAAGAAUGACAGCUGCUCCGUCAUGAGGAUGAACAGGAACCGCUGUCAGCAGUGUCGCUUCAAAAAGUGUCUGUCCGUGGGGAUGUCUCGAGACGCUGUUCGGUUCGGUCGGAUUCCUAAGCGAGAAAAACAGAGGAUGCUAAUUGAAAUGCAGAGUGCAAUGAAGACCAUGAUGAACAGCCAGUUCAGUGGCCAUCUGCAGAACGACCCCUUAGCUGACCAGGAGCAGACGGCCUUACCAGCCCAGGAACAGCUGCGACCCAAGCCCCAGCUGGAGCAAGAAAGUAUCAGAAGUCCUCCUCCAUCUUUGGAUUUUGCAAAGGAAGAAGUGAUUGGCAUGGUGACCAGAGCCCACAAGGAUACCUUUCUGUAUAAUCAGGAGCAGAGGGAAAACUCAGCUGAGAUCACACAGCCCCAGAGAGGAGAGCGGAUUCCCAAGAAUAUGGAGCAGUAUAAUUUAAAUCAUGACCACUGUGGUAGUGGGCUUCACAGCCACUUUCCCUGUAGUGAGAGCCAGCAGCAUCUCAGCGGACAGUACAAAGGGAGGAACAUAGUGCAUUAUCCCAACGGGCAUGCCCUUUGUAUGGCCAGUGGACACAGUAUGAACUUCUCCAAUGCUUAUACUCAAAGAGUGUGUGAUAGAGUUCCGAUAGAUGGAUGUUCUCAGAAUGAGAACAUGAAUCGUUACCUGUGCAACACCGGAGGGCGGCUGCAUCUGGUGUGUCCCAUGAGCAAGUCUCCCUUUGUGGAUCCUCAGAAGUCUGGACAUGAAAUCUGGGAAGAAUUUUCAAUGAGCUUCACACCAGCGGUUAAAGAAGUGGUAGAAUUUGCCAAGCGCAUUCCUGGGUUCCGAGAUCUCUCUCAGCACGACCAGGUCAACCUUUUAAAGGCUGGCACUUUUGAGGUUCUAAUGGUACGGUUUGCCUCAUUAUUUGAUGCAAAGGAGCGGACUGUCACUUUUCUGAGUGGGAAGAAGUACAGUGUGGAUGACCUGCACUCAAUGGGAGCGGGGGACCUGCUCAGCUCCAUGUUUGAGUUCAGCGAGAAACUGAAUGCCCUCCAGCUCAGUGACGAGGAGAUGAGCUUGUUCACAGCAGUCGUUCUGGUGUCGGCAGAUCGAUCUGGAAUUGAAAAUGUCAACUCCGUGGAGGCAUUGCAAGAAACACUCAUUCGUGCACUAAGGACCUUAAUAAUGAAAAACCAUCCAAACGAGGCCUCUAUUUUUACAAAACUACUUCUAAAGUUGCCAGAUCUUCGAUCUUUAAACAAUAUGCACUCUGAGGAGCUCUUGGCCUUUAAAGUUCACCCUUAAGGCCUUUCUUUAUUGGAACAUGAACUGAUACUAACUGUACAUUUUACGCUUUGAUGCUUAUUUAUAUGUGUAUACUCUUAUGUGGAGAUAGAAAAGACCCUUAAGAGAAUGCCAGAUCCUAGGCUGUCUCAGUAGUCAAUCAUCAGUAGCUGUUUGGAUUGAGACCUCAUCACCAUGUUGGACAUUGGCCCUGUCUCCCCAGUAGACCAACCAGCUGUGUCGCACUUAGACUGGAGAAGUUACACUGAGUUCUAAUACACACUGAAUGUUAGACUUUUUCAUCUGCCAAAACCAAAAAAAAAAAACCAAAAAAAAACACCCAUUUUGAUCUCUCUGUGGUAGGGACCUCUGACGUACAGUCAGAGAUCCAGGAGACCUUAGAAAUUAACCCUUUGAGGGAGGAGUUCUGUUGAGUGGUGGAAAUUUUGCUGUACCACAAGUCUGCCAGAUGAUGUGAGUGAGACUGGGAGCUGGAAAUUCUCCGUGCUUGCAUCUGGCUCUGCCACUGUCAAAGUGGGUGAUCCUGGCAGUCACUGGGUUGUGGGAAAAGAGAAUUGAUGGUGUCUCCACUGUCCCCUCAACCCUCAGAGAUACUAAACUAUCCAUAAAGCGUAUUUACCUCUUGGAAGAUAGGCACUAUGUAAAUAAGGUGAGGUUUUUAUUAUAUUUACUCAUAAUAAUCUUGUCUUAUUUCUGAGCAUUUCUGGGAAACCAUUUCACAGUCCACGCCAGUCUGUUCAGGGUUCCUGCAUGAGUGUGGGGCACCCUACUGUAAACACUUAUUCCAGGUUUAUAGACACCUCAAGUACAUAGUAUGUGUACAUAGUGUGUAUGUGAAUAUAAUUAUACAUAAAAUCUUGCUUCACAAUAUUUUAAACUGUGAAGAACUUUAUCAUAUAAUAAACUUAAAACAAGAGGUGUCAAAGGACCCAAAUUAGGUGCAUUUUACCUGCUGCUGCUGCUGCAUAGCCAUUGCUUUACAAUGUUUAGACAGUAACAUUUAAAAUCACGUUCUAUUUUUGUUGAAGCAACACUUAAUGUAAAAGUGUGAUGGGCAGUCAAGUCCAAACUUCAAAACAAUGUGCAUCUUGAGAGUACGUCUUUGGUCAAGGUACUGCUCAUUCUGGUUCAGAUUCCUAUCUUGUGCCUGGAAAGGUGGUGCUGCCCCACAUGUGCUGCAGCUCAAUGAUUAAGGGUCUGGAUUCCUCUGGAGAAUGAAUUCAUGUUUAGGGGAACUGCUUUAACUGUUGGCACGAGUGUGCGGAGUCCACUUUUCUUUCUUUCCCUAAACAACAUUACAGGGAUUUUUGUCAAAUAGAUUUAAUCUACUAUUUGGAAAAUCUUUUGGUGUGUGUGACCUACAGGCUUAGAAAUGGAAUGGUCACACACUCAUGCCCUAGUCUAAGAUAUGACCAGCCUCUGUGUAUGGCAGCGGGAGAAAUGGCCGAAGUUGGUGAUUCCAUGAGCACUCCUCCUUUCCCUUGAAAAUAGCAGUUAAUUGGAUUUAAGUAAAAUGUAUAAUGUUUGGAUUAUAUGAAAUUGUACACGUAUUAGGAACCUGCUUUACUAUUCUAAGCUUGUUACUUUCGUGACAUGUAAGCAGAAUGCCUUAUUUUGUAAUCUUGCUUAUUAUUAAGGUGUUACUUCAGUAUCUGAAUUUCUGUGGUGCAGUUAAGUAAGUCUGAAAAAGAUAAACUCUCACUAUAAAAGAGGAAAGGUGAUGAUGGUGUCCAUAAACACAGGAGGAACCAUAACUGCACUUACCUUUGUGGGUAUGGCUUUUAUGGGAUAUGCAGAUUAUGUGAAUUUUUUUCUUUCUUUUUUUUUUUUUUUGGUUUUUUUGAGACAGGGUCUCCAUGUAGCCCCAGCUGUCCUGGAACUCACUAUGUAGACCAGGCUGGCCUUGAACUCACAGAGAUCCUCCUGCCUCUGCCUCUGCCUCCCGAGUGCUGGGAUUAAAGGCGUGUACCACCAUGCCCAGCUAUGAAUUCUUUACAUGAUAGCAUUAUCUUUUUAAUAUAUUUUUUCCUAGGAUAAACAGAUGUAUAGUUUUCUUCUAUGGGGGAUAGAAACAGCCUUUUGAAGUAAUACUGCAAACCUCAAAGAUCAUGUUGAUUCAUUUUUGCCUUUUGUAUAAGUGUCUUUAUAACAUGUAUCUUCAAAGCAAUUAAGUCUAGGAGUAUGUAGCCAGAACUAUGUUAGUAUUGCUUGUAACACUUUAGUUAGUUCAGUAUCUACAUGUAUACAUCCAAAUAUAGGUGUGUAGAUUAGCAUUUUGUCUCAUAAAAUUUUAUUUGAAUAAAUUCUUCUGUGGGUAUUGGGAAACAAAAACAGUAGUUCAUAUGCCACUUGCAGUAUGCCUACAUUAGAAAAUAGCCCAGAUGUGAGCAUUCUUCUAAUUCUAAAAUUCAACCAGCAGCAUAAUACAAUCACAUUUUUUGGUUGAGUCAUGGUUGCAAAGUUAAUAAAUGACACCAACCAGCUAGGGAACUUCGGUGGGACACUGUUGAAUAAUUAAUAAUGUACUGUAUGAAUUAAGUGAUGCUUUAACUCUGAUUUUAUGUUUUAAGGUUAAAUAUGGGCAUUAUAUCAGCAGACUUACAAGGGCAUUAUGUUAAUGAGAUGAAUCUUUUUUUUUUUUUUUUUUUUUUCCUGUGCUUUUAGUGUGUCUUUUCAUGAUCUGAGAGAGGGUUCCAGCUUUCAGAGUGACGUAGCCGAGGGAAAGGAGAGACAUCUCCGGCUGAAGUUUGUUCUUAUGUGACGAUCUAAUUGCAGAUUAAGGAACUAGAAGGGCAUUCAGUGGACUAUGUAUAGCUUUCAUGUCAACAUGUUCAAGAAAUAAUCAUUGUGACUGGUAAGGAAUGACGUUUGUUCCUUGACCAUCACACAGCAAGCUGCAUCAGCUCAGACUUCCCUGUGCACGCAAGUAGACACUUUGCUCAGCUGUUCUUUUUCUUUUUGCAAUAUAAAGUUUGCUGGAUGUACAAGAAGAGUUUAUCACUUAGGAGGUAGAAUUUUUUUAGGGGUUGUGGGGAGGGGCUCAGUCAGGAAAUUGUUACCUGUAAACAAAGAUGAUCUUGAUUGAUCCAAAAACUAAAACUCUAAACUAUGAACUAACAUGGAAAAAUAAAUGGGCAUUGUUUUAAAAUGUGAUAGAAAUAGGUUAAGUUUAUUUUCUAUAAACUGCAGUUUAUUAAAGAUGGGUUAAAAACUUCAUGUUCCUGAAAAAUGAUCUGUACAUUGGGAGGGAAAGGUUAAUAAAUACAAUUUCUGACCAACAGUGGAA